GUGAAGGUGAAAAGUUGAACUUUUAAAUCUAUGCCACUACAACCGAAGAGGUUCAUGUAGUCGGUACAACAAGCGAUAGGCGUACUCGUACCGUCGUGGUGAAGGAAACUAGGCCUCACCGUAGUUGGUUCUUUGUCUCUUCUUCCUGCCAGGAAAGUGAAAAGCAAGAAGAUGGCCGACGUUGCUUCUCCGGCUGCAGCUGAAGAGGUCGCUAUUGCUAUUGGCUACGAGUACGACGAUGACGACGGGAACUACAGCCUAGAUGCCGGUGCUGGUGCGCAAGAGGAAGCAUACGCCGCGGAUCACGAUGUGGACGCACAGCCUACACAGGUCGACAUCAACCGAUUAGCGCGACUGGAACGCGAACAGAGGGAGAAGUAUCUUUCUAUUUUCAAGAUGUGUCUCCUGUCAUGUUUGUAGUUGAAAAAGGAAAAGCUCACCACUCUUCUAGUCUUUUGCAGUUGAGUUGUAGUGCACCAGAGGACCACCCGUUCCCGUCGUGAAGUAGAAAGAACACCAAUACUCACCCCGAAAAAAAUCAAAUCUUGUUGAUCUUCACUAUCAGGCUUAAGAUCCUGCAAAACCGCAUUGGAUUACUUCGGAACCAAGAACAAAGAUGCUGGAAAGACAUCAGCCGCACGCAAAAACAGGCGGAAACGCAGGAGAUCGGGGAGGCGGUGCGGGAGGAACGAGUGACGAUUGCGAUGCAAGUCCACGAAGACCUCGUACAGCUGUAUGAGAGUAAGAAGGCGAAGGUACUGAAAAGGCAAAGGGCAUCAAAGUUUUGUCGCCCGAUACAGAUACACCAGGCGGCCGAUCAUAGUGCGUGUCUUGUGUCAGAACGCCCAUGCGGAAGUGAUUAUUUUUUUUCUUGCGAAAGUACAGCUGCACACCAUUUCAUCUAUUCGACUGAUAAUUCUAGGCCGCCGAGGUUCGUGCUGACCUUGCGGAAAACAAGGGCGUGAACAAGGCCGUUUUAUUGGAAGAAGCCGCAAUCAUCGGAAUGGAGGUCAGAGAUCAGAAACUACGCGAUGAAGACGAACUCAGAAUGAUGAAAGAGCUGGAAGUAGAAGACAAAAAAGCAAAGGUAUAGACUUACUUUCAUGCAGAUUAUUUCCCACAGCCACAGCUCUGCCUCUGUUAGAAGGGUUUUGCUUCUAUAAGAUGGUGUUUAUUAUGUGAUGUAUCGCACGUGGCAAGAAGUUGAAAUUCAAAUUCCAUUUCAUAAUAAUAUUCCCGGAAAAAUAAUCAUCAUCCACCUGCAGGCGAUCUUCGUUCAGAGUGAACGGGUGGAGCGGAAAGAGCGCCGCGAGCUGGAGUUGCACCUGCUGGAAGAAGCAAGGCGACGGGACAAGGAGGAGUCUUACCUUUCCGUGCUCCGGGAUGUGGAAGCGCUCAAUGCGGAAAUCGAGGUUAGAUUGAGCUGAUUUCUUGUCAGGCACAAGAACCGAUUUAUUCUCGUUUUAUCUCUCACUCUCUAAUCCAUUUAUUUUUCACGCAUGACAAACAGAAAGUAAAAGUUUCUUUCCCUCACCCUGGUCCACCGCUUUAACCGCUUCUCUUUACUAUCACAGGAAGCCGAACGGCUCGAGCAGGACGCCUUGCAGCGGCUCCAGCACUCGCAGAGCAUGCGCGACAAUUUUCUGCACCAGAGCAGUGUCAGUUCCGAGACGAGUAAGAGGUCCAAUGUGCCGCCGUUGUCUGCCCGGAUCAACACGGCCAGGAACCAACACCGGUCCACGGGUGCGACGUUCGGACAGCCACCGCACGUGCCCACGAGCACCAGUAGCAGGAAGAGCAGUUUUUCCUUCAAAUCAGCAGUCAGCGGAAAUGCGACACCGGUACUAAAUGUAAAUGGCACGACAGUGAGAAAGCUUCAAAACGGCGUAGCCACGACCUUGAACGCCAGAAGCAGGGUGGGGAGUGCAGGUUCUACGGGUACUAGUUCAUCUCAACAGCAUUUGCCACCAAGGCUGGUGCAGCAGCAAGAACAGCAGAUGAGGAAAAAUUAUGGGUACCAACAAGAACAGCCGCUUUCGGAGCAGCACAGUCUGCUCUCCGAGACCUCUUUACUUCAAACCCCACGCAGCACCACCUCCGAGCACCAGCAUCGGACCAGGCAAGCAGGGACCAGAUCCGGUCCGCCGGUGCAGCACGUGCAGGCACAGCCAAAACCAACACCUCCGCAUCAUCAAAUCGUGAAAACUAUAAACCAGACCAGAACUUCGCAAAAUUAUUCGCCGAAUUUAGUGCCGAAGAACUCAACGCCACAUAAUUACGUCGGUUCUUCCCCUCUAUCAAAAGCGAAUCGGAUGAAGGAGAUUUUGCAAAGAGAAAGACGAGCUUCACAAUCACAGCACCAGGGAACAACUACGAGCAAUUCCGCAUCGAAACUUGGCACAACGAGCACUGGUUCCAAAAGACCUUCCCAAACCACUUCUACAAGCACUACCCCACGGGGCAAGAACAGCUUUCGCCCGCCAGCGCGAAGCAGUUACGAACGAACCAUCUCGCAAAACAGGCACCUGCAUCAGGCGUUUGUGGCGUCUUCGAGCGCGGCGGCGGGAACAAGUACUACAGGCAGAAACCACGGUGGAGCAGGUGGAGCGAUCAAGGUUCGGGACCACGUGGCUACCAUUCCAAAACUGAAGAUAAGCAGCGAGGUCGCGAGUAGAUCAACAUCAAGGGAGCAAGAAGUUGUGCAAGGACGAGAUUUUCAUGAAACCAUUACGGGGAUGAGUACUACAGAAUUCGGAAAAUUCACCUGUACAACAACUCCAAGGGGCGGAACUACCGCGUCAGCAUCUUCGUCAGCAGCAGCACCACGACCCGAUGAUUUGUAUCAGCAGCAGGAUGAUCAGCGCGUUCGAGCGUAUCCUCAAAAAAUGCUGCCGACGCAGGGUUUCGUCCGAGGAGCAAAGCAGUCCCCCCGAGUAACAAGAAAUCCGUCGAGAAAUGUAGAGGUUGAAAAAGUGCCGUUUUUGGAGGAGCUAGGUAGCCAUGCCGGAGGGCAGCACUCUCGGUCUUCUACUUCUGAGCAUCCAGGAGAUUAUAGCAGUGCCAUUCGCGUCAAACGUCAGAGUCAAGAAAAUCACUCCAAAUCUUCCUCUGGCGGUGCUCUGUCCUUCACCACGACCUCGUCUAAAGAGCACGAAUUGAUGAGUCACGAAAAUAAUCCUGAGGAGUCGACGUUCCUUCAAGUCUACCACAGUCCGCAAGACAGCGUCGGAGAAGUUGUACCAGAUGGACAACUAGUAGUACAAGAUGGCAGAGGAGGACUUCUUGGUCAACAUCACCAACAUGUUCUGGAACCGGUUCGCGAGGUGCAAACCCCAGACGAGGAAAACUCCUGCUCCAUGCUGGAACCGCAGCACAAAAGCUCUGCGCGCGGUGGAUUUUAUUCGGCUGGUGGUCAGCCCAACUUUAGUGUCCAGUCCGCGCCUGACGGGGUCAACAUCGGUACUAGACCAAGAUUGCAAAUCAACCAACCGCACAUCAGAGACCAUCUCGGGGGAGGAGCAGGAGGGAGUGGCAAAUCAAGUACAACUGGCGCAAAUAAGCGGUUGAAUGCUUGGGGGUUAACACCCAAAGCCUCCUCGUCGAGCUCUGGCACUUGUUCCGACGACAACAAUCAGGCGUUCUUUUUGCAAGACGAGAAGGAACAGGACCAGAAGUACCAAAAAUUCUCCAGCCACUCUUACGCGGAGGGCGUGACAAACAACUCCAAAUACGAGUACUACAACGCGUCUCCCAGAACGAAAAUCGCCGACGUUGUGAAAGCCUUCACGGAGGGACGGCCAAUCCGGAGGCUGUUGCAGCAGCAAAGUGGCGAAAACGUAGUUCUUGGCCGAGGAGGCGAAGGGGAGAAGAAACCACCAGCAUCCUCAAGGCGCCCGCUGGAUGACGACGUGCUUCUCGAAGCUGAGGUAGUGCCGGAUGAAGAUGAUCUUCUAGUUUCACAUGAUCAAGAACAACUGCAAAAACCAGCUCAAAGGAAUUCAUCGUUGCCUGGUCGUGGAGAAAUAAAUCCUUCGAGCACAGCAACUUGCUGGGAUUUUCUCUCCCCGCGGCAAAAUUUGACGCCAAGAGAAGUUGUAAAAACCUCCGCCGGGCCAACGGUGACGCAUUGCGAAACAUCAGAGGAGGCUCGUCCUGCGAGAGCUACUUCGUCAAUAGGAAUAGCUUCCACGACACGUCCAAGUAGAUCCGGCGCAGCAGUUCUCCAAAGCACGCAAGCUUACUACAAAUCAUUGAAUUUGCCGAACAAGAGUGACCAAACGACGAACCACAACUCUUCCUCUGCUACGACUGUCGCGAACACGGAGUACGAUACAAGCUCGUCGGCAGAGAACUUGCUUGAAGGAAGUGGCACCGGCAGUGGGCUUGCAGCGAAAAAUAAAUCACAGCACACUAAUUUAUUUCCGGCGCCUUCGUACCAGGCCCCGCCCGAGCCGGCUAGAGAGGAGAUCGCGUCGCCCAGAAGGCAUGUAAUUGGGAGCACGCAAACCGGAGCAGCUUUCUCGACUACUAGUGCCUCCGCGGCCAGCGCAGCACCGGCCGGCGUUGCUUUCCUUCGCAACAUCUUCAAGUGCACCAGCGCAACCAGCCCGCAGCACGACACGAGUUUCUCGGUCGGCUCGCACUCCGCGAUUGAUGAUGACGGCAACUCGCACCGGGAGCCGGUGACCUACGCGGGCAAAACGUGGAUGAUGGACGAAAGUGAAGAUGAGCUCGGGAUCAGCGAUGGCUCCUAAUUCAUGUUAUCCGAAAAGUAAAUUGUAAAUGUAAAAAUUAUGUUUCAAAAAUUCCGACGAGGACGUUGCUACCACCAAUAAAGCCAGAUUUUAUAUAAAACGAGAAGAAUUGCUAGUCGAAUAAUUAGAAGUGUCACAGAUGACCAACUUAUCACUUGAGGAUAAUAUCACAGCCCAUGUACUAGAAGAAACAAGCAUUCUUGUGUGCAUAAUUGUACGAUAAGGACAUCAGAAUAAUAGCUAAACCGAAAAAUCGCAUACAUCAAACAUAGUGCAUCUGCAUGAAAAUAAUUUGCAUGAUUUGAAAAAACACUUCUUCACUAUGCGCUCCU